AUGGAUUCAAGGGUACCGCAGUUUGACUCGCUGCUCGAGGAAUGUGUCGUCACACUGUUUACGACGUACAGGGGCCAGCACGUCUGCCAGAUGCUCGAACAGCUUGACUUGGGCGUGUUCUCACUCUCAAAGACACCGUCACGGAUCGUGCAACAAGUCAGGACCGCAUGGACAGAGGAGGCGCUCUCGAAGUACAUACACUUGUUCUUCCAGCACGUGUGGAGAGACGCAGGCGACAGGUUCGCCAUCAUGCAGUACAACGAGCCUGCGUUCAAGCUGCAGGUCAGCGACCUCUUCCCGAGCGAAUUCUCAAAGGCGCGACUCGUGCUCAAUACAGAUUACGACGUCUUGCUCGAUUUCGUGAACACAGUCAGGCCACAACUCAAGGGACUCAUUAGACAGGCGGUCCAGGGGUCACUCGUGGACCCGAUUGUGCGCAAGUACGGCAGAGUGUACGAAUUCCACGACUAUUUCCACUGGUUCAAUCUCAGCAAGAAGAAGUUUGCCAACAGGGACGUUCUCAUCUUGAACAAGGGCACUCCUGACCUGUUCCAUUACUACAUAAACUCGUUCUGCAGCAAGGCACCGUACGACGUACACCCACUGCACCCGUUUCUAGGUGAAUUGUUCGAGGGGAACAACAACGUCAAGUACCAGCAGUUGGGUACCAACGAACACGUAUACGAGUUCGAUCUGGAUGAAGAGACCCACAACGGCAGUGGUAACAGGACAGUGGCCGUCGACCUCAUGCAGCAGUCAAACCAGCGACAUGAGAUUCUUACGCGAAUGCUCAACCUCAAAGAGAUAGACUCGCCGCACCUGUACGAACAAUUCAAAUGCAUGAUCAGCCUUGUGGACCCCUUGACACAGCCGCCUCCGAGUGACACGUACGUCGUGUCCCUCGACCUACUGUACAAGCUGUUUUUAGCGUUUCUACCGAAGAAUCAGGACACGGAACAGAAUGAUACAUUUUUACUAUGUUUCAAUAUGCAAAAGAUAAUAACAAGAACGCUUUGGCGACUCAAGUGCUGGGACUACGCGAAAUUGACAUCCAUCUCAAAGAAACAAACGGAGGGCGAUAAUUCUCAAUAUAACUACAGGGACCACCUCAAGGAGUGGGUCCCCAACGGACUCAACACGCAGGAUCUUGAACUCCUGUACAUGGUUGACAUCAUGGCCGUAUACACCAUCUACAACGCAUACUCACACUUACCGAUCCAGCUCAACCCGUUCCUGUCCAUGCUCAUCUCCCUGUGGAAAAACCUCUCCGCCGUGCUGCUGCUCAGCCUAGAGGUCGACAGAUGCGAGGAGGCAAACGACACGUUCGACACGCCACUGCUCGUGCGCGCCACAAUUAGAGGCGCUUCAGCACUCCGCGCGGUCGUCGCAUGUGUGCUCAAUGGCCACGUCAGAGAGAACGAGCACGACUUUAAGCACGAACCUCUCAAUACAUUCAUGUCCCCGCACGGGAGGAAACUCUGUCAGGGGUCGCUGUACGCGGACCUCAGGUCUCACGCCGCAGCGAUGCUCUCCCUAGGCGUGGAUCUUGAAGACGUCACAGAACUGCUCUCGGAUUUGCAACCGGGCGAUAGGUUCGACGAGGAUAUCAGGUACAUGUUCGAGUACGAGUACGAGGACUACAACCUUGUCGACUUCGAAGAUGAAGACGAAGACGCGGCUGCCGCCGCCACCACAGCCACAGCCUCAGCCGCAGCCAUAACUGCGGCAAACGAGGGUACCGGUGCUUCCCAGAAACGACGGUGCAAUUGUAUAUUCACGGACGACAAAAUCAUUCAAAGCGACGAAAGUAAAGUGUCUUUGGGAGGCGGGAAAAAUCGGCCGUAUUCCGUCAGGACAAAGUCCUCCUUUGAGUUCGAUUACAGCGGUAACGACUGGAGGGACGUUCCGAGAGGACUUAACCUGUACUUCUGGCCCAGUUACGAAUUUUUAGCACGUCCGGGACUCGCAGAAUUUCGGAACGUAUCCAGUAAGGCCGCUGGCGGGAAGUUGAAUCCCAUGGAGUCUCAGCAAUUGCUAAAACUUGUCGCGUCUGCGAUAAAAAUUGAGCAGGAAUGUAUCAUCAUGGGCACUGUGUAUCCACAAACUGAGGGCAUCGCUGUGGGAGAUGACGGAUUGUUGACUCCAGAUAACAUUUACGACGCAUGGUUCCAGGAUAAAGUUUUCGACAGGAUCCUCUUCAUGAACCAGGAACUGGCGUGGAAACUGAUGGACGAGCUACUCAUGUGUCAUGGUUACCGGCGCGUGCUCCUGUGGUUUGUCACACACAUGGAGUUGAACCAUUCUGUGAUCCACUACAUAUUUGAGCUGGUGAUGGGGCUGCGAGGCCAGGAACUGUCCGCGGAUGUGACUUUGGAGGAACAGCGGAAGCAGGCUUUGCAUAACUUGAUGGAGAUAGACACUCCGAACGGGGGCACCCUGAUGUUUUCCCGACAGGGCAACUUGGCUCUUUCCGAGAUAGAGGUAAAGAUGCUGCUGCAGGAGUUCUUCACGAACGCGGCCAUAUUCCUAUCGGCGAGCGAGUCAGAGGAACCGGAGAGUGAGACCUCUGACGUCUCGUUGUAUUCGAUUGGCCUCGUGAAACUGAUCUGCUUUAUGGUAAAGACUCUGAUCGUGAACCACAAGUUUGAGUUCAGCAAGUCGGAGUGCACUUUCGAGUUGCAAACACUCCUGAUGAACUGGCUGGGCAUCGUCCCUGACGCGCAGGAACUGUUUUUUUUGCUGAAGAAGAACAUUUCGGACACUAAAACGGCCACUACUACUACUACUACAACCUCUGCGCUAGGUGCACCUGGUGACAUAUUCCCCACUCUCACGGACGCCGACGACGACAACAACGCUGUGGCGGAGAACCUGUCAGAGUUUAACAAGAAACUGGUGAUGCUGCUGCCGCGGGCGACGCAGUCGGAGGGCAAGGGCAGCAGCCAGGCAAUCGACGCGCUGCGCAACUUCAUGAGGAAGCACUCGCUCUCGUCGGAGAUCCCCGUGCUCGGACGCAGGAUCGUCCGCCGCGGGAGCCAGAUCCUCCCGCAGGCGACGCCCGAGCGUACAGUCACCCUCCGCGAGUACCUCGGCAGCUACGACGGCGCAGUCCUCUGA